GCGCUGAUGUUCAACAGCGAGCUCAUGGCCGACGUCCACUUCGUCGUGGGCCCUCUGGGCGCAGCCCGCAGGGUGCCUGCGCACAAGUACGUCCUGGCCGUGGGGAGCUCCGUCUUCUACGCCAUGUUUUACGGCGACCUCGCGGAAGUCAAGUCAGAAAUCCACAUUCCCGACGUGGAGCCAGCGGCCUUCCUGAUCUUGCUGAAGUACAUGUACAGCGAUGAGAUCGACCUGGAGGCUGACACAGUGCUGGCCACACUGUACGCGGCCAAGAAGUACAUCGUCCCUGCGCUCGCCAAGGCCUGCGUCACCUUCCUCGAGACCAGCCUGGAAGCCAAAAAUGCCUGUGUCCUGCUGUCCCAGAGCCGGCUGUUCGAGGAGCCGGAGCUGACCCAGCGCUGCUGGGAGGUCAUCGAUGCGCAGGCCGAGAUGGCGCUGCGGUCCGAGGGCUUCUGCGAAAUUGACUGGCAGACGCUGGAAAUCAUUGUGCGCAGGGAGGCACUCAACACCACGGAGGCGGUGGUUUUCGAGGCCGUCCUGAGCUGGGCCGGGGCCGAGUGCAAGCGCCAGGGCCUGCCGGUCACGCCGCGCAACCAGCGGCGAGUCCUGGGGCCGGCCCUCUACUUGGUGCGCAUCCCCACCAUGACCCUGGAGGAGUUCGCCAACGGCCCCGCCCAGUCGGACGUGCUGACGCUGGAGGAGACGCACAGCAUCUUCCUGUGGUUCACAGCCGCCAACAAGCCCCUGCUGGACUUUCCCCUGGCCAAGCGCAAGGGCCUGGCUCCCCAGCGCUGCCGCCGCUUCCAGGCGUCCGCCUACCGCAGCAACCAGUGGCGCUACCGCGGCCGCUGCGACAGCAUCCAGUUCGCCGCUGACCGCCGCGUGUUCAUCGCCGGGCUGGGCCUGUACGGGUCCAGCGCGGGCCCGGCUGAGUACCGCGUCAAGAUCGAGCUCAAGCGCCUGGGCGCGGUGCUAGCGCAGAACCUGACCGGCUUCGUGUCGGACGGGUCCAGCAGCACCUUCCCCGUGUGGUUCGAGCACCCGGUUCAGGUGGAGCAGGACGCCUUCUACACGGCCAGCGCUGUGCUGGACGGCAGUGAGCUCAGCUACUUCGGGCAGGAGGGCAUGACAGAGGUGCAGUGCGGGAAGGUGACCUUCCAGUUCCAGUGCUCCUCAGACAGCACCAACGGCACUGGGGUGCAGGGUGGGCAGAUCCCCGAACUCAUCUUCUAUGCCUGAGCCCAGCAGGGGCACCGUGGGCAGGCCCUGGCCAGCGCUCUGGCAGCCAGGGCUGAGCUGGGCACAUGGGGCGCAGGACGCUGAGAUACAGGGUGCAAGGCAGGCCAUCCCACGCAGUAGCAGCCCUACUGCCCUCCGGCCCCCUGCUCUGGAGACCUCCCCUCAGCAUCUGGUAAGGAGACGCCCUGGCCCCUGUGCUGUUUCAGGGGGUUUCAUAAUAAAGUUUUCCUCAGUGAG